ACCAACAUUCCUGUCCCAGGGAAACAGGGGGGAGGAUGAUAGGAUGGUUGUCUGUCUCUGCCAGACUUGUAAUCCUGAAGUGUUUGGGGGUCGUCCACUGGCUGAAAACGUGAUCUGCCCUAGUGGCAUGUUUAUCUGCAGCAGUAAUGGGCUGCACCAUCGGUGUAGCUGCCCUUAUGAAGAGCUACACUCUCUUCAUUCAAUUGAUGCCAUUCAAGGGGACUACAAACUUUUCUCUUUCCUUAUUACUUUCCUGCCUUCCCUUUUCUUUAACUUUCUUUGAAUCUUUUUAAUCUUCUCCAUUACAAAUGAGUUAUUUUCUUAUGCACAGCAAGUCUCACAGCGAUGGUCUGUUUGAUCGGUACCAGAGCUUGCGGCAAGAAGGUCGAAUGUGCGACAUCAUUCUGGAAGCCGAAGGCAAACAGUUCCCAGCUCAUCGCACCUUGUUAGCUUGCUCCAGUGACUACUUCUGGUCACUAUUCCAGGAUCACACUUUGGAGUCAAGGUCUCGGACUGUCAGUCUACCAGCUGUGUCCUCAACUGGCCUGGAACUGGUCCUGGACUUCAUCUAUACUUCAUGGAUCUCGCUAUCUCCUGCCACUUUGGAGGACACAUUGGAAGCUUCCUGCUACCUGCAGGCUACCCAUGCUUUGCAUCUCUGCACUGAGUACAUCUCAAACAGUCUCACUCUGGAUAACUGCUGCUUUUUUGCCAAUGUGGCUGCUCGUUACAGCCUCUCGGGUGCACUUGCUGUCACCAAUCGUUUUAUCGCAAAACACAUGGCAGGACUCCUGGGUGCCAACGGUGACAGAUCUGGGCUUCUGGAGCUAAACCUUGACACUUUCCGAGAGGUGUUGGGGUCGGAUGAGAUACCAGGGGUAAAGGAAACAGCACUGCUACAGCUAGCUCUGGACUGGUUGUCCUGCAACCCUUUACCUGCCUUGGGAAGUAACUCUUUACUCAGUCGUGUUCGUUUUGGCCUGGUGCCUCCAGAAGAUCUGACCCGUCUGAGUUCCCUCAACCCACCCCUGCGCACUCCUUUCAUUCACAGCUUGGUACAGAAAGCCCUGCAUUACCACUUGCAUGUACCUCUCCAGCCAUUAAUUCAGACUGUCCAUACAAGCUUGAGAGCCACAACCAAGACGGUACUCCUGGUAGGAGGAGGUGCCGAAGCAGACCGACCACAGACCCAAAUUGAGAGCUAUGAUCAAGAAAGCAGGAAGUUCCAUGUUCUGCCCAUUGAAAUGGUAAAGACCCUCCAGUACAAUGGGGUUUGUGUGGUGGGAAACUUCCUCUUUGUGCUUGGAGGAGAGGUUGUAGAGGUGGAUGGGGAGAGUCAGAAGACAGCAGUGAUGACAGUGUCUGACCAGGUGUGGCGCUAUGACCCUCGAUUUGAACGCUGGGAGGAGAUGGAGCCACUGUUACAAAAAAGGGCACAGUUUUCCUGCUGUGUGGUGGAUGGUGUAAUCUAUGCCAUAGGAGGACGAGGCCAAAGAGGAGAUCCCACCCUGUCCUCAGUGGAGAGAUACAACAUGAGUGCAGGGUGCUGGCGUAGUGGAGUGUCCUUGCCCCAAGCUGUCUAUGGACAAGCUUGUGCCACAAUCGGCAGAGGUAUCUACAUCUCUGGUGGCAUCCAUGGCAGCCAGACGGAGAGUAGCAGAGAAGUGUUGUUUCUUAACACUUUUGAUGAUAAUGUCUGGGAGAGACGCUCUGCUAUGUCUAUCGCCAGAUUUGGCCAUCAGAUGGCAGCCAUUAACGAGAGACUCUAUGCCUUCUUAGGGAUGUAUGAACCAUUUUGUGACAUCGAGUGCUACAAUCCUGAACAAAAUCAGUGGACACGACUGAAACCUCUUCUGCAAGAUCGCUUCUGCUAUGGUUUGACAGUCACACCAAGUGGAUUUGUGUUGAUGUUCGGAGGUAGAAAGUGGCGAGAAGGACAGGAAGUGUGUGUUUGUGAUGUGCUGGAGUACGACCCUGAAUACGACAGCUGGAGGAAAGUGUGUAAGCUGCCACAUCCAUUAUGUGGGACUCAGUGUGUUCAGAUGAGUCUCCAAGAACUGAUAGAGACAUAGGAAUCUCCCAUAACCCCCAACGUCCAUAUACACACAGAGAAGUCGGAGAGUUUCCACAGCCUGAGUAGAAAAGCUGAAGAAUGAUCAGUCGGUCCAAACUUGGUAGACUUGUGGAGGGUAAAAGAUCUAUGCAGACAGAAUGGAUUCUGACCUUCAGGAUGGUGAAUCAGAAGAAUCUUGGCACCGGAGGCAGUGUGCUGUAAAGCAUGAGCGCAGUGGGAGGUCAUACUGACAGAGCGAAAAAGACAAGUGUCCUGGGAGUUCUGGAGUUGUCAGAUUUUCAAUCCUUAACAAUGCACUGAAAGAAUCAGACACCGAUCAAACUGUAAAAUCAGGACUUUCUGAAGCAGGUGUAUGACUUAAACACAGACUGGAAAUUUGGCAAUAUAGAUAGAAAAAAAUGAAGCUUCGUGCCAGACAGAGUAAGGUGGCUUACAUAGAGAAAAGGAUGUCAGAACAGAAUAGACACAUAAAAAUAAGGUUGAGGCAUAAAAUAGUAUUGAGAACAAGGUAUUUAAAAGCACUUUAAGUUAAUUAAAGGUCUCUGAGUGUGUGUGGGAUAAAAAAAUAAAAGGGGGAGAUAGAUUUAGUUCUUUCAACUAAAAAAACAUGUCAGAACUCGUCGUAGAAAGUUUUCCACUAUUCCUGAUGACCGAAAUAAUUAAAAUUCACUAGUUGUUUAAGUCGUUAAUACGAUAUGAUAAAUAUCUUGCAUGUGUCACUUUUUUGAGUCCUACAACAAAAAUAUCUUCCAUCCAGAAUGUAAUGAAAGCCAUUGAGAAAUGUACACAAGAAAAGUGCCUGAAUAAACAGGUGGAGCGUA